GUGGAAUUGGGCGAAAGCAAGGGUUCCAUUUCUUGGACACUUACGUGUGAGCGAAACCCUCGAUUCCGCUGCAAGAAUGGUGGCGACGAACCUGAAGGCCGAGACGAUCUCGCUCAUGGACAUGAGGGCGUCCAUGGAGACGGAGAUGAACGCCAUCAUCGAGUCCCUCUGCGGCCCCGGCGGUCCCGGGAUCUCCGGCAACCUCGUUGAUUCCGAGGGAUUUCCUAGGGUGGACAUCGACAUCCCGGCUGUUCGAUCGCAACGUCGUCGGCUCUCUGAGCUGCGGAAUGAUCACAAGGUCAUCACAGAAAAAAUUGACAAGAAUCUGCAGGUUUUGCAUUCAUUGAGGUUGGAUAAAGUUAAUCCAUUGCCGUUGGACGGAUCAGAUAUAUCAGCUUCUGUUUCUGAAACUAUAUCUCAAGAUUCACCUAUGAGAGAGGAACCUAUAAUGAGGAUACCCUUUGCUAUUAUUGAUGAAAUUGCUGAUGACUCACCAGCUGCAGAAGACGGACUACAACUCAGCGACGAGAUUGUAAAGUUUGGGAAUGUGGAGAUGGGUGAUAACUUGCAAUCAAGACUCAUGGCAGAAGCACAGUCCAACCAGGGCAAUCCAGUUCCUUUGGUAAUAGUCAGGCAGGGUUCAGUGAUGAAUCUAACUGUGACACCCAGACCAUGGCAUGGUCGUGGAAUUUUGGGGUGCCAUUUUCGUAUCCUAUGAUUUGUAUUCUUAUGAUGAUGAGGAGCUGGUACAAUUGGUGCGAAACACUCGGUGAAAAGUUAGUUUUUGCUCAGUUCCUCGAGAGUUUCAGGACUGUUGCAGUAUUUCUCGGAGAUAUGAUUCAUACGUAGUCUUGAAUGCACAACUUGUUGAAAUUUCUGACCAAAAGAUUGUACUGUAUAGCGUGUGGCCUGGUGGUGGUUUUAACUUUGUUGUAACACACCGUUAGUGGCUCCAGCAAUCGUUCUCGUAAUAAGCGUUUUUGUGGUGCUCGCUUUUUAUGGCGCGCCUUUCAAAGUGAAAAUUGCGAGUUAUGCUUUGUUUUCA